CUCCGUCAUCUUUCUCCUCUCGCCUCACCCUCCCCUGUUCUGCUUUUACAAACACAACAAUGCCACACAGGAAACUCCCCGCUUCCUACCCAGGAGACAAUUGGUCCAGCAUCACCGAGACAAACGAUUUCUUGCCCUUUGACUCAGCCUACGAGUCAGAUUCCACCUCUCGAUCGUCGUCACACAAGCAUACUCGCGGAGCUACGCGUACCAGCACUCACCCCUUCCCCCCCCACCUGGACAGGAUGUCUCUGGAGUUUGACGAAAUGGAUCGUGAAAAUCGCGACGUCUCUACUCUGUUUACUUUUCCGGAAGGGCAACUUCAUCCCUCAGGACUGACCGUCCUAGACAGCAAGACCACCACGCGACUUCUCACGCCUCUGUAUCUUCUCCAUUCAGCCUCGCAAGCAGGCAAAGGGGAUUUCCUAACCGGUAGAGUCACCGUCUGCGAAGAAUCCGGCGUCGACCUUGCGCGCAUCCUGAAGAAUUCCGAUGGGUUGUCUGUACGACUUGACGCGACGUGCCAGGUAUGCGUGCGAAUGGACGCUAUCUUACGGACCCUGGGACGGAGCAAGAACAAAAUAACAUACACCAUCGCCACCGCCAUCCUCGCGAAAUCAACAAGCUCGCUGCUGCACCUAACUAAAAGCUGGGAUAUAGCAGGACUCAUCGGCUCCCUGGUAGCCAUCACCUUUGCAAUCGCAGCAGACUACACCCAGCUUCCGACAGACCCGCGUGCCGCGACGACGUACCAAGACAUCCUGGCGCAUGCGUUACUGGAUCGCGAUCUAGCUUUUUCCCAUAUACGGCCCGUAGCCGUGUCCACCACAGACAACAGCAUCGGGGCUCUCGGCGCAGGCGCAGAGGACAAGCUCGAGGAGUUCGUGAUCCAGGACUUGGACUUUGCCGGAUCAACUACUGGCAAGGAGGAUAUCCAUGUGACGUGGUAUCGCAACAACAACCGGGUCGUCUUCCGUCUUCUGCCACCGGGUCAGGAUGCACAGAUGACGUCAGGCGAGGCGCUGGCGCUCGGGUUCUGGGAUGGGGUUGGGUUGCUCGUCUCCUAUGGCAUUGAGUAUUUGUCUGAGUUGGGCACGGAGGAUGAGGAUGAGCUGGCGGUGGCGAUUGCGCGGGCGUGGACGGCGGGGCCGGGCGCACUUGGGGAUGAGCGGGGUGGUCUUAUCGUGAGCUCCAUUGAGAAGGGGGUCGAGUAUGUGAGUUUGUAUGUGGAUAUUAUGCGGGAGGAGGACGGGACGAAGGGGUUGAUUGAGGUUACGGGGGAGAUGGAGGGGUUUUUGUGA